AUGCACGAAAUCACCAGAUUGUUGCUGGCUCCAGCUACUAUCGCUGUCCUCUACAUAUUCGCCAGAGCCACGUAUCUCGCAUUCUUCCAUCCAUACGCAAAGUACCCAGGACCGUUCCUCGCCAAGUUCACCAACGCCUAUGCCGCCUAUCAUGGCUGGAAGGGCGACAUCCACCUCGACUUCUGGAGGUGCCACGAGAAAUACGGCGACUACGUCCGCUACGGGCCCAACCAGCUCACCUUCAACACGGCCGGAGGCCUUAGAGACAUCUACGGCACUGGCGCGGCCACCAAGUUCAUCAAGGCCGACGCCUACACGCCGCUGAUCCACCGAGCUCCCAACACUCUGACCAUCCGCGGCGGCAAAGACCACGCCCGUCGCCGUAGGAUCAUGGCACAGGGCGUCUCCGAGAAGGCUCAACGCGGGUACGAGCAUCGCAUCGCCGGCCACAUCGACAAGCUCUGCGCCGCCGCGUUCUCGGGCGGUGGGGAGGACGACAGCAGGCGCACCAAGACGUUGGACAUGGCCAAGUGGUGCUACUACCUGUCCUUCGACAUCAUGUCCGACGUCGUCUUCGGCGCCCGGUACAACCUGCUGGAGGAGGAGCGGUUCCGCUACGUGACGGAGUCCAUUGACAAGUCCAACACGCGCAUGUCGGCACUGAUCCAGUGGCCGCGCCUCGCCGCGCUGCGGAUCGACAAGCGCUUCUUCCGCGAGGCCAUCGCCGCCCGCAACCGCUUCAUCAAGUUCGUCUCGCGUGUCGUGCGCGACCGCGCGCUCAAGGGCAAGACGGUGUCGAUCGACAUCGGCGCGCAGGGGAGCCGGGACGCCGACGUCUUCGCCAACCUCGCGUCGGCCAAGGACCCGGAGACCGGCCGCGGGUUCGACGACGCCGAGAUCGCCGCCGAGAGCACGACGCUCAUCGUCGCGGGCUCCGACACCUCGUCCACGGCGCUCUCCGGCCUGUUCUUCUACCUGGCGAACAACAGGGAGGCCUACGCGACGGCCGCGGCGGAGGUCCGCGGCAAGUUCGCCUCCCGGCAGGACGUCGUCCUGGGCGCCACGCUCAUGUCGUGCACCUACCUGCGCGCCUGCAUCGACGAGUCGCUCCGCAUGUCGCCGCCCGUGGGCUCCUCGCUUUGGAGGGAGGCUCUGCCGGGUGGCGCCGUCGUCGUGGACUCCCAGACCAUCCCGGCCGGAUGCGACGUCGGCGUGCCCAUCUACUCGGUCCACCACAGCAGCGAGUACUUCACGGACCCUUUCGAGUACAGGCCGGAGCGGUGGCUGGAGGACGACGGCACAGGCAGUGUCGAGCGCGCGCGCUCCGUCUUCAACCCGUUUUCCAUCGGCACGCGCAGCUGCUUGGGCAAGGGGCUAGCGACUACGGAAAUCAUGCUCACGAUGGCAAAAGUCCUGUACGAUGGUGACUUUGAGCCCGUCGAUGGCGAACUGGGCCAGAUUGGACGCGGACGCGGCGAUGGAGUGUACGGCCGGCAUCGCGUGCAGGAGUACCAGCUAUGGGACUUUAUCACGGCGCAGAAGACGGGCCCUAUCCUGAGCUUCACGGCACGAAAGCAUGUCUGA